UAGAAGCGAUGACAUGUCAACAAAAUGGCUGUCUUCAAAGAACAAUUUCUGCUGCUCACGAAACAAAUUUGCUAGGAUUUCAACUGUCUGCAACAUGAAAGUGACUAUAUCUGAGACCUCACCGAAUAAAAACGUCUCAAUACUUUGUCCAAACCUCUCCGUCAGUAAACGAUGGAAAUACUUUCGAAGAAUAUUCAAAUAUCGCCAAAUGGACUUCGAGUUUGCAUUAUGGCAAAUGUUGUAUCUUUUUAUUUCUCCAAGCAAAGUGUAUCGAAAUUUUGAGUAUCAUAAACAUACAAAGCAUCAAUGGGCAAGAGAUGAUCCUGCUUUUCUUGUUAUUUUAAGCAUCUGGCUUUCAGUGUCUUGCAUUGGAUUUUCAAUUGUUCUACAACUUGGCUUUUUUGCAUUUAUUCGUUUUACGCUAUGGGUGGUUUUCAUGGAAUUUGUAGGUGUUGGUCUGCUUGUUGCAACAAUACUAUGGUUCAUAUCUAACAAAUAUUUGAGAACUCGGAAUGCUGAAAGCAAAAAACAAUUUGUCGAGUGGGGAUAUGCUUUUGAUGUUCAUCUCAAUGCUUUCUUUCCUCUGUUGGUUAUCUUGCAUGUUAUUCAGUUAUUUUUUGUAAAAUUUUUGGAUCAUAAUCAUGGUUUUACAAUACUGUUGUGUAACACUCUCUGGUUGGUUGCAUUUGUUUACUAUGGUUAUAUAACAUUUCUAGGAUAUAGUGCAUUGCCGUUUCUUCAGAAGACUGUUGUUUUACUUUAUCCUGUACCGCUACUUCUAGUUUUGUACAUUUUAACAAUUGUCUAUUCAUGCAAUAUUGGUCAUGAAGUGUUGGAUUUUUACAAAAAUGUUGUACGGUAAUACUCGGCAUUAAUCCUACAACAGGGUGAUUUUCUCUCGUAUAAUGAGUGAAGCGAGGAACGCGACUCUUAAACAACACUUGAAAUGGGUUGUGAAACGGUACAUUGUAUUUUGAAUUACGGACAAAAAACAAUAGUUCGAGAAAUAGUUCAUGAAAUGAGUCAAGUUAUUUGUAGUUUUUUGCAAAUUUAGCAAAAAAUGAAAUUUGUAUUAAUGUAACCGAAUUAGUCGUCAGUAGUUCAAUUACUUUUGUAAAACGAUACGUUUUGUUAACUGCGUGAUGUUACCUAGAUUAUGGGAAUAUUUUGAUCAAUAAACCGAAAAUUUGUUUUCUCAGAGUACGAAA